CUCCGCGAGCGGCCGCGAAGCCCUCCCGAUCGUUCCUCCACCCCGAACCCUGCCCAGCCCUGCCCUGCGCCUCCCGGGCUCCGCUCCGCGCUGCAGGGUCCCGGCUCCUGCGCCCCGGGCGCGCCUCCCGGACACCCCGGUCUCCGCAGCCAGGACAAAGCCAUGAAGCCGGCGCUGCUGGAAGUGAUGAGGAUGAACAGAAUUUGCCGGAUGGUGCUGGCCACUUGCUUGGGAUCCUUUAUCCUGGUCAUCUUCUAUUUCCAAAGUAUGUUGCACCCAGUCAUGCGGAGGAACCCCUUCGGUGUGGACAUCUGCUGUCGGAAGGGGUCUCGAAGCCCCCUGCAGGAACUCUACAACCCAACCCAGCUGGAGCUCUCAAACACCGCCGUCCUGCACCAGAUGAGGCGUGAUCAGGUCACGGACACCUGUCGCGCCAACAGCGCCCUGAGCCGCAAGCGGCGGGUGCUGACGCCCAACGACCUGAAGCACCUGGUGGUGGACGAGGACCACGAGCUCAUCUACUGCUACGUGCCCAAGGUGGCGUGCACCAACUGGAAGCGGCUCAUGAUGGUGCUCAGCGGGCGGGGCAAGUACAGCGACCCCAUGGAGAUCCCGGCCAACGAGGCACACGUGGCGGCCAACCUCAAGACCCUGAACCAGUACAGCAUCCCGGAGAUCAACCACCGCUUGAAAAGCUACAUGAAGUUCCUGUUCGUGCGCGAGCCCUUCGAGCGCCUGGUGUCGGCCUACCGCAACAAGUUCACGCAGAAGUACAACACCUCCUUCCACAAGCGCUAUGGCACCAAGAUCAUCCGGCGCCAGCGCAAGAACGCCACGCAGGAGGCCCUGCGGCGCGGCGACGACGUGCGCUUCGAGGAGUUCGUGGCUUAUCUCAUCGACCCGCACACGCAGCGCGAGGAGCCCUUCAACGAGCACUGGCAGACCGUGCACUCGCUCUGCCACCCGUGCCACAUCCACUACGACCUCGUGGGCAAGUACGAGACGCUGGAGGAGGAUUCCAACUACGUCCUGCGGCUGGCGGGCGUGGGCAGCUACCUGAAGUUCCCCACCUAUGCCAAGUCGACGAGAACUACUGACGAGAUGACCACGGAGUUCUUCCAGAACAUCAGCUCCGAGCACCAGACGCAGCUGUACGAAGUCUACAAACUCGAUUUUUUAAUGUUCAAUUACUCAGUGCCCAGCUACCUGAAAUUGGAAUGAAGGGGGUCGGGGAGAGGGAGAGAGAAUCGUGCUUUUUAAUUUAAGAUUUUUUUAUUUGUCGAAAGAAAUUCUAUGGAUAUUGGGUUAUUUUGUAAAGUAAUAUUUCUGUGGGGAUGAUGCUGCGAGCGGCAUGGUGAGAAUUAUUUAAAAUCCUUAGUAGGGAAGGACGGCUGUCUUUGCAGGGGAAAAGGAUGGGUGUCCUCGUGUUUAGACGUGAAUACCUACAACACUGUCUCAGAGGUUUCCUUGUGCUCUGGUGAAUUCCAUGAAUUGUGCAUCCCCUAAAUUCUAAUUAAUAUUAUUUAUAGUUAUUUAAACAUGGUCUCUGUAGAAAUUUCUUUCUGUGGCAGCAAGAUUCUAAUGUCUUUGCAGAAGAAAUGUGUGUUUUUGUUCUGUACUUGCUACAGCUCGUUUUGGGGCAUGAAUGUUCUCACUAGGCGCUCAUAGGGUUAACUGUGUGAUAACAACCAUCGUGAUAUCUGUCGAUGCCACCCUUCUCAGAAACUGGUGAGAAAUAAAUAGAAAAAGGCACCUUUGCGAGGGACAGAGUCCAAGCGGAUUCCAAGCAACCCAAGAGUCCCUUGCGCUAAGGAAAAAAAAAAAGUGAUUUUUUUUUUUUUUUUAA